GGUUCAGUUUGUUUGGCCUUAGAUAACGAAAAUUACACGCCGUGUGCAAUAUCGAUUACAACGCCAUUUUGUAGUCACGGGGCGUAUAUCCUACCAAAGGGAAAACUUGCUGGAUUUAAAAUAUUUGGGCUAAAGAAGCUGAGGUUUAAUGAAUAAGACAGAAGUUUGAUGAGUAGUGUGACAAUCAGUUCACGAUAUGUCGGAAAAUCCAGUAUGUCGGACAAUCCGGAAGAAACUUCUUAUUAUCUGCGAAUUAUAUCAUUGUUUAUCGACGUUGCAACAGAGACAGUUUUAAAGGCAUUUCAAUAUCAUAUACCGGAACAAAAUACUGCUCAAUUCUUAUCUUCAAGUGAUACAAGACAAAAAGUUUCAAAGUUACUGAAAGAUAAAGUUAUAACAAAAGUACAGUAUAAUUUUGUAAGCGCAUAUAAUCCGAAUGCAGAAAAAUUCGACAUCUCUCUCCUUAUAACCUUGCUUAUCAACACCGACUUACUGCCUCCCCCGCAAAAGGGAUGGGGGAAUCGGCCAAGUAAGUCCGACCUGUCUCUGUCAGCAGAUCUGCUGCGCCUGCGCGACAUCAGAAAUAGCAUAGUUGCACACAAACGAACAGCAGCUUUAUAUAAGGAGAAAUUUGAGAGAUUAUGGGAGGAGCUAGAGGAUAUUCUGAUUCGAGUAAACAAUGAGGUAGGACCUGGCACUUCGGAGGAACUUGAACAGAAGAUUAAAUUUUACCGAAGUAGAAGUUUAGAUGGCCAUGAUGAAAGCAAGUAUAGCCAGAAGUUGGAAGAGUUGUGGGAAAACUGUGAAGAAGUUUCCAGAUUACAGGAAAAGGUGGAAGAGCUGGUCAAAAAGUGCAAUGAGUUUACUUUGUUCUUUAAGGAAACCCCAGAAAAAUAUUCACGGUAUGUUAGAUUGAUGUUUGAAGGUGGGCGUCUUGUACUGUAUGAGUUAUUAAACAAAGGAUUGUCGGAACAAGGGCUUGACUUAAGAACCGUUCUUUUCAGUAAACGAGAUGUAUUAGAAAGUAGCAUUGUCAAAAAGAAUUAA